UUUCUGUGGGGCAUCCGUGGUGUCUGGCCUGAUGCUGCUUUCGCUGCUGGUAGUGCUGUGGGGGCCAUCUCUGGUCCCUGGAACUGAGGAAGGACUGAAGCCUCCCGCAGCCAGAGUAGCAGCCCUAGAGUCAGGCCUUGUGGACAGCACUGCAAGUAUCUCUGGAGCAGAGGCCUCCACCUCGCUUGUGGGGAGGAUGACAGGUGGACCUCAGCAAUCAUCUGUGCCGGCUGAAAUCACGGCGCUACCAGUGAAACAAGCUGGAAGGGUCAGUCAAAGGUCCGAGCGGGAGGAAACUACCCGUUUUGUAACGCAGAUGAAAUCUGAGUGUCAUUUUGCCGAUGGGGCACGGGGCGAGAUCUACUACCUGGAGAGGUACAUCUAUGGCCUUGAGGAAAUUCUGCGUUUUGACACUCACCGAAGGGAAUAUGAGGCUGUGACAGAGCUAGGCAGUGCCGUUGCCCAAUACUGGAACAGCCUGAAGGAGGUUAUGGAUUUCAAGCAGGCUUCACCGGUGGACUUCUGCCUGAGAAACUACCAGAUACUCCAGAACUUCCUCAGGAAGAGGGAGGCCCAGCCCACAGUGAAGAUUUCUGCCACCAAGGGAGACUCCUCACACCACCACACCCUCCUGAUCUGCACCGCAGCAGGAUAUUACCCCUCGGAGAUCAAGAUCGAGUGGCUGAAAAACGGGCAGGAGCAAACGAAACGGGUGGGAUACGCGGAGGAGCUCCAGAAUGGCGACUGGACUUUCCAGAACCAGGCGAUGCUGGAGACGGUGCCCCAGCGAGGAGACAUCUAUGCCUGCCAGGUGGAGCACAGGAGCCUGACAGAGCCCAUCAUCGUGCAGUGGAAGCCACAGACGUCAGACUCUGCCAAGAGUAAAAUGUGGAUGGGGGCUGUGGGGGCCCUGCUGGGCUUAGCCUUUGUGGCCGUGGGACUUUCCCUCUACCUGAAGAACAGAAAAGUGCUCAUCCAUUAA